UCAUCGAUGCAAUGUUUGUAAUAAGACAUUUGCACAAUCCGGAAGUCUCAAACGUCACAUGCAAGUUCACAAAGGAAUACGCCCUCAUCAAUGCAAUGUUUGUAAUAAGACAUUCACGGAUUCAGGAGGUCUCAAACGUCACAUGCAAAUUCACAAAGGAAUACGCCCUCAUCAAUGCAAUGUUUGUAAUAAGACAUUCACGGAGUCAGGAAGUCUCAAACGUCACAUGCAAAUUCACAAAGGAAUACGCCCUCAUCAAUGCAAUGUUUGUAAUAAGACAUUUGCACAAUCCGGAAGUCUCAAACGUCACAUGCAAAUUCACAAAGGAAUACGCCUUCAUCAAUGCAAUGUUUGUAAUAAGACAUUCACACGAUUCGAUAGUCUGCAAAGGCACAUGCUGAUUCACAAAGGAAACCAUGGCAAUUUUUAGUCGAAAAUGUAAUAAUAAUCAAUGACAUAUAAUCAUUUCUUAAAUUGAAAUGAAAUAUAAACAUUUCUUAAAUUGAAUUUAAAUAU